AUGGUCGUCCUUGCGGCUUCGAUUUGCACCCGUGGAGGGAAAGCUGUCCUCUCGAGACAGUUCCGAGAGAUGCCACGAUCGCGCAUAGAAGCCCUCCUCGCCUCGUUUCCCAAACUUGCCGAUAGCGGUACGCAGCACACGACUGUCGAGCAAGAUAACGUCCGAUUCGUUUACCAGCCCCUCGACGAGCUUUACAUGGUUCUCAUCACCAAUCGACAGUCCAACAUUCUCCAGGACAUCGACUCCCUGCACCUGUUUGCCCAGGUAGUUACCAGCACAUGCAAGAGCCUCGACGAGCGCGAAAUCCUCAAGAAUGCCUACGAAUUACUCAGUGCUUUUGACGAGCUUGUCACUCUCGGCUACCGUGAGAACUUGACCAUUAGCCAAAUCAAGACCUUCCUUGACAUGGAGAGUCAUGAGGAGCGCAUCCAAGAGAUUAUCGCAAGGAACAAAGAGUUGGAGGCCACUGAGGAGCGAAAACGAAAGGCGAAACAGCUCGAGAUGCAGCGCAAGGAUGCAGCCCGCAGUGGUCGAGGAGCUAUGGGUGGCAUGGGCGGAAUGGGCAGCAGCAGCGGUAUGCCCAGAAGUCCUUCCUAUCCCUCAUACAACGCCCCUUCGCAAUCCAAUACCAGUACCUACGACUCAUACGAGGCGGAGAAGAACAAGUCCUUCAGCAAACCGUUGGCUCCUAAGGCCAAGGGUAUGCAACUGGGUAAGAAGUCCAAGACAACUGACAUGUUUGAGCGAGUACGAGGUGACAUGGGAGGCGAAAUCGACGAUUCACCUCUUGUCGCACCCGCACCCGUCCAGCAUGCUGAAGCCGCCGAACCUCGCGUCUCGUCAACCCUUGAUCGUGAUGCUAUCCACGUCACGAUUUCAGAGGCUAUCUCGGCCAAAUUGUCUCGCGAGGGUGCUGUCAACUCCCUAGCUAUCAGUGGUGAUCUUGUUCUCCGCAUCUCAGACCCUAGCCUGACAAAGAUCAAGCUCGGCCUCCAAGCUGUUGCGUCACAUGGUGUGCAGUUUCGUACACACCCCAACGUUGACCGAAAUCUGUUCAACGGCUCCAAGAUUAUCCAGAUGAGCAACACUGCACGUGGCUUCCCAGUCAACAAUGCUGUUGGUGUACUGCGAUGGAGGGCUUCUCCCAAGGUUGAUGACGCCAGCGCAUGCCCAAUUACAUUUACUGUCUGGAUCAACAAGGAGGGGGUCAAGUACAACAUAACGGUCGAGUAUGAGUUGACUGGUAACGAUGCCCUGAACGAUGUUAGCGUCGUUAUUCCCUAUGCAGGUAGCGAGCCUGUUGUUUCAAGCUUCGAUGCUAGCUAUGAUGUUUCUGGCGACGCUCUCGAGUGGACAAUUGGCAACGUGGAUGAGGAGAACCCCAAUGGCUCAUUCGAGUUCGAGGCCGAGUCCGGCGACGAGAAUGAUUUCUUCCCUAUGACGGUUCGCUUCAACAAGAGCACACCAUACAUUGACGUUGACGUUCGCUCCGCGUCUCUUUUGGAAGAAGAAGAGGAAGUGACAUUUUCCAAGGAGAUCAAGUCUCACGCAGACAACUUCUUGGUAGAAUAG